AUGUAUAACCUGUUUGUUACUUUAGUGUCAGCCGCUGUGUUCACCAGCGUUGCAGUCGCUCUUCCUGCACCAACUCAGACACAGCAGAAACGGGCUGAUACGGCGUCGGUCGUCCUACCACAAGGCACCAUUGUCGGUUCCGUUUCAAAUGGAGUCGAGAAUUAUGGAGGCAUCCCAUUUGCCCAAGCUCCAGUAGGAAGCUUACGUCUGAAACCGCCACAAAAACUCAAUACUUCCCUCAGCACUUUCGAUGCCACUGGACUUGGUCCAUCUUGCCCUCAAAUGUUCUUUUCUACCGAUGGGGAUCUUCUCACCUCUGUUCUUGGUGACCUGAUUGAUCUUCCACUCUUCCAAGUCGCCACGGGGCAAACAGAGGAUUGCUUGACUAUGAGAGUGCAACGACCAGCAGGUACCGCAGCAGACGCCAAACUGCCUGUUCUCUUCUGGAUAUUCGGCGGAGGUUUCGAGCUUGGUAGCCCCUCAAUGUACGACGCUUCGUCUUUGGUAUCCAAUGGUGUGGACCAAGACAAACCAUUUGUGUUUGUCUCCGUGAAUUACCGAGUGGCUGGCUUCGGGUUCCUAGGCGGAAAAGAAAUUCUCGCAGAUGGCGCUGCGAACUUGGGUCUCUUGGAUCAGCGGAUGGGUCUUGAAUGGGUUCAAGAUAAUAUUGAAGCCUUCGGAGGUGACCCGGAGAAGGUGACAAUAUGGGGAGAAUCGGCUGGUGCUAUCUCCGUGUUUGACCAAAUGGCUCUUUACGACGGCGAUAACAGCUACAAUGGAAAAAAACUUUUCCGCGCAGCCAUUAUGAACAGUGGAAGCGUCGUGCCGGCCGACCCAGUCGACAGCGCUCGUCCUCAGGGUAUCUAUGAUGCUGUGGUGAAAGAAGCGGGUUGCGACGGCGAUUCCGAUACGCUUGCGUGUCUUCGUAACGCCGAUUACGAUACGUUCCUCAACGCGGUAAACAGUGUCCCUGGCCUUUUGAGCUACACUUCUGUCUCGUUAUCUUACCUUCCGCGACCUGAUGGUAAAGUCCUGACAGAUAGCCCUGAUGUUCUUGCCCUCAAUGGCCGAUACGCAGCCGUGCCCAUGAUCAUCGGUGACCAAGAAGACGAAGGGACUCUGUUCAGCUUAUUCCAGUCCAACAUCACAAAUACGGAUGAACUCGUCAAUUAUAUCUGGAAGAUUUUCUUCCCCGCUAUUGACAGGCAAUACGUGGAAGGUCUUGUCGACACCUACGAUCCUUCGGUUGAAGCCGGAAGCCCUUUCAAUACCGGCGCAUUGAAUAAUCCGUAUCCAGAAUUCAAGCGUCUCGCGGCGAUUCUUGGUGACAUGGUAUUCACCCUCACGCGCCGAGUCUUCCUCGAUUCGGCUUCUUCCGUAAACCCCGACGUGCCCUCAUGGUCGUACCUAGCGUCUUACGAUCGUGGAACUCCAAUAUUAGGCACGUUCCACGGCUCCGACUUGCUCCAGGUGUUUUACGGGAUUUUGCCCAAUUACGCUAGUAACGCUAUUCAAAGCUACUAUAUCUCGUUCCUAUACACGACGGAUCCGAAUGAUGGGACUAGCUCGAACUAUCCGCAGUGGCCGCAAUGGAAGGAGAAUAAUGAAUUGAUGCAAUUUUGGAGUGAUAAGAGUAAUUUACUGGCGGAUGAUUUCAGGAAUACAUCGCAAGCGUAUAUUGCUGAUAAUGCGGCAAUAUUCUUAAUAUAA